AUGGCACCAAUGAUGUUAGACUCACUGGAUGUGGACAGUACAUCAUCAAAAUUACUUCACGUUUGCUCGGAUUCUACCGUUGUGCCACCUGGAUAUACAUCGCAGAGAAUUAAGGACUUAUGGUGGCUGCAUGGCCACCCCCACUCAAGGCGAUAUUCUAAUGCAAAGUUGGUCAGUCUUGGAGCAUUGGUACGGCAUGAUGGAACCGUUUUCAAGGGAAAGAAAGCAUUCUUAUAUCCUGUUUUGACAGACUCGAAUACAACAUAUGAAUCUAUGACAUGGGAUGCAUUCGACCGGAUCACCGAGACACUUGCACUAUUUUAUGCAGAACGCCUUCGGGAUGAACUCGAAAAUUCCAAUUUGAUAAGGGUGCAGCCGACUGUAGCACUGCUGGGAACUGGAACAACCUUAGAGUAUUUCUGCACAGAGUUGGCUCUUCAGAAACUUGGUGUUAGAGUUCUACUUCUCGCUGAAUCUAAUGCCAAGGAUGCAUUACACCAUUUAUUGGAAGCGUGCAGUGCCGUGGCUGUCAUAACCGAUUCGAAAAAUUCCAAAGUUAAUACAAACGAUCUCGAGAAGAUUGACAUGGUCGAGGUGCUUCCUCAGAGCUUUGACGUCAAUUAUGAAGAUCUGGACGCUGUCAAGUUUCAAGAUUUUGGAGAUAUUUGGGAAAGACACACGUUCAUUAUCCACUCUUCAGGUUCGACUGGAAUGCCAAAACCGGUAAUCCACACAAAUAGAAGUAUGAUGUUGAUUGCGAGAAUGUAUCGAUUAUUUCAAGAGUUUAGCGCUGAGAAUUGGUUUCUUCUUUUUCCAUUGUAAGUUUACCUAUUCCCAAGCACAGAAAAUUAUUAACAGGCGCAGGUAUCAUAUCGCAGGAAUUUCAAUUGCAUUGUCUGGUUUACCGAAUGGGCAGAUACUGUCUUUUCCGCCUUUAGUAUGGCCGCCAUCGAGUUCAGGUAUAUUUGCUGCUUGGGAGACACUUUCUUCAAUGGGAAAUCCUGUGGACUUGACUCAUUGUGCUCCUACAAUAAUUGAGAACAUGUACGAGUUUAUAAAAGAGAAUGGAGGCGACUUUUCCCCCUUGGCUUCUUUGAAAGUACUUCAACCUGGUGGCGCUGCUCUUUCAGAACGCAUAGUCACAGCACUUACAGCCAAUGGAGUCAAUGUCAAAACUACCUAUGGUAGUACGGAAAUCGGCCCCCCAUUUCGCUCAAUACCCCAUACUAGAAAUAACCCCAAGUGCUACUCUUUUCGAAAUUUGUUCCCAGAUAAUCCUCUUCUAGAGAUGCAGGAGGUUGCAGAAGGUUCCUACGAAUGUGUCGUUCAUAAAGGGUUUGAAUUAGCUGCAGAGCUAUGGCAAAACACAAACGAGCCUUACCGGACCAAUGAUCUUUUUAUCCAAGACCCCCCUGGAAGCGGCUUCUUCGUUCUCAUUGGUAGAAAGGACGAUAUUCUUGUCCACUCAAAUGGGGAGAACACAAGUGCCGGCCCACUUCAACUAGAUAUUCAGACAUCUUCGAAGUACAUAAAUACGGUGUUGGCUUUAGGUCAUUCGAAACCUUGCGUCAGUCUUUUGGUAGAAUUACAUGAAAAGUACGACCCAGAGAGCGACGAUAUUAGAGCCGAGGUAUGGAAUACUGUACGAGCCAUCAACCCCAAGUAUCCUGGCCAUUCUCAAAUUAUGGAAUCUAUGGUUCGACUAUUACCUAAGGGGGAGAAACUACCUGUUACACCAAAGGGGAACGUCAAACGGAAGGAAGUCAUGAAUCUUUACGCAAAAUAUGUGGACCAAUUUUACUCCGAAUACACGUCUCCUCCCACUCCAAGAACUAGCUCAAGUGGAUUUUCUCAUGAAGCUGUAGGAGAAUAUAUCCGUAACAUCCUCGCAUCUAUUUCCAAUACUCAUGCCGCCGAUAUCCAUGACUGGACCACCUUGUACGAUUUGGGCGUGAAUUCACGUCUUGCACUCUCACUAAAAGCCACUUUAACAUCGCAAUUUAAUCGUCCAAUUUCACUGAGCACAAUCUUCGAAAACCCUUCAAUCAGCAAAUUAACUGCGUAUUUCACUCAGCCAUCAUCGCGCUCAAUUACUCCACCGCCGUCUGAGCAAGUUUCAUCCAUAGAAACAGUUCAUCGCAUAAUGUCAAAACUGGAAUCUGAAUUCGGAUCCUGGCCUUCAAGAGCAACUAUGACCUUCCCAGCCCCAGCAAAAGAGACUAUUCUCUUGACAGGGUCUUCAGGAUCUUUGGGCACCGCCCUUCUUGCAACACUCUCUGGGUCAUCCCAAGUUGAAAAAGUCUACGCCAUGGUCAGAGGUCCAAAUCACUUCGCCAAACUCGAAAAGGCGCUAGGAUGUCGUGGAAUGGAUUUAAGUAUCCUCGAAAAAGGGAGUAAAGUUGAAGUGGUAAAUUUCAGCAUGCAAGAUCCAUUGCUGGGCUUGGAUUUGGAGAAGUACUCGGAGUUGGCGAACAGCGUCACCGUUGUGGUCCAGAACGCAUGGAAGAUGGAUUUCAACUUAGGAGUUGAGGAAUUUGAAGGGGAUUGUUUGAGAAGUAAGUUGUCAAAUUUUAGUUUUCUUUUAAGGGCUAUCUAACAAUGUAACCAGACACCAUGUCACUCCUUCGUUUCUGCCAAGCUGGUCGUCCGAAACGUCUCGCUUUUACGAGUAGUAUAAGUACGUGUAUGGGACCAGGACAUAUCGCUUCGACUGUACCGGAGGCUCCAAUUGGUCCUGAUCCCACGGUUGCUCUUUCUACUGGGUACGCACAAAGUAAAUAUAUCGGUAAGUAUCCGUUACCUCAUAGCUUCUCAUCUUAGCCAUUAUAUCCCUCUCAAAUUUCGACUUGCACACCCUGACAUCGCAAAACAGUUGAAAGAAUAACCCAAACUGCAGCCAAAACUCUUAGACUUCCUAUCCACCUCCUUCGCGUAGGGCAACUAGCAGGCUCGACCCACACAGGAUGUUGGAACGUCGACGAAAUGUGGCCUGUAAGCUCCCCCUAUCUGCCCAAACGCAGAGACACAUGAAAGCAAGUUAACAGAAAAAAGAUCAUCUUUUCAACCUCCCUCCAUCCAUUAAUAAACUGCAUCCCCUCCUUCCCAUCGAAACUCGUAGACUGGAUACCCGUCGAUAUUGCAGCUGCUACUAUCUCUGAUAUUUUAUUAUCUCCCUCUUCUUCCCUCACAACUCCCACAUCCACCAGCCCGAGCACAGUCCCAAGCCCUGAGAAAAAUAUCUCAAUGACGUACAACGCCCACAACAUAGUAAACCCCUAUCCUGUUCCUUGGCGAACCGUCCUCUCCUACCUCGACACCGCAACGCACACCUCGCUCCAACGUGUACCGAUGAAAGAGUGGGUGCAAAAACUCUCUAUGAUGGCCGAUUCGCCCUUCGCAGAGGAAAUACAUGGAUUGAGGCUUUUGAGGUUCUUUGAGGAAAUGGCUGCUGCUGAAGAUUCGGCAACAGACACGAACGAAGGGGGCGCUGGGGAUGACAGAGAUCAGAAAGGAAAGGUGUUGAUGUUCGAAACGGAGAAAACGAGGGGUAUUAGCAAGGCGUUGAGGGAGUGUGGGCCUUUCUGUGGGGAGUGGAUAGAGCGAAAUGUUAGGGUUUGGAGGGAGAGUGGAUUUUUGAAGAAGUGAUUUGACGGGUGGGGAUGGGAAGGUUGACAGCUGCGAGGCUAUUCCAGAAUGAAUGGGGAGUGAUGGGAUUGAAUAGGAAAAGGUGAGAAGGGGCCCGCGGGGGUCUGGCACGGCUGGGAGGGUUAUUACAUACGAAUGUAUAAACGGCAGAUUUAAUGACGACACAUGAGGGUAUUUGAGUAAGGGGACGCAAUCUUGCAAAUGCAUGGAUUUCAUGAUGGAAAUACACUAAAACCAAU